AGAGAAAAGGACUUCUCUGUCUCUCUUCCUCUUUUCUUACAAGUUACAGAGAGAGAGAUUCAACUUUAAAGAUCUUUGGGGGCGCCAAGUAGAACCCUAGUGAGAGAAAGUAGAGAUACUAUGGAAUUGUUAUAUGGAGGAUCAUAGCUUUGUGUUUCAUUGGAUAGUCCCAUUUCGCUUCUCUCUAUUUGUCAGAUCUGCAGUAACUCACAAAAACCCAUCAACAUCUCUCCUUCAGGCUUCAAUAGUACCAAUCAUUAUACAUAUACUCAUUUGUUUUAGAGUUGUGUGAAUAGGGGUCAAUGAAAUGGGAAUAUGAUGAGGACUAUUUUAUUGUUGAUUAAUUAAAUUUACUUUGAUGGGUUUUUGAUUGCGGGUUUUUUUGGGCUGACAGAGAGGGAAAAAUGGCAGCAAUGAGAGUAUCUGAUCCAAGCAGGCUUCACUUGAAGAAGGAGCUCACACAAAUCCGAAAGGCUGCCCGGGUGUUGCGGGAUCCAGGGACUACUUCGUCAUGGAAGUCACCUCUUAGUACUUCUAGAUCUGCAGCAGCUGUAGUUGAAGCAGCUUCCAACUCUGCUUCCGUUUGGAAGCAGCAGCAACAACUACAAGAGAGUGCAUUUGUAAGACAAGAUGUUAAUGGUAAUGAUGUUCACUUGAAUACCCAUUUUGAUUUUUCUCAACUUCCUAUUAACAAUAACAAUGCCAGUGGGAAAGACAAGGAGAAAAGGGUGUUUCUGUACAACUGGAAGAACCAGAAAUCAUUAAGCAAAAAGGAGGAAGAUGAUGUGUCUUUCUCGAUUCCGGAGUGUCUUGAUGACAAUUUGAGUGAUGCUAGAAAUGGUGGGGAUUCCAAGAGUGAUACUUACACUGGGGAGACAAGGUCUGCCUCCAAGAUGUUUAGGUGUAGAGAUACAAAUAAUGUGGCAUUAGGCAUGUCAUCAGUGAAAAGAGUGGCAGGAAAUAAGAAGAAGAGUAGGAAACAUAAAUCUCAUUUGGAUAUUUUAUCCGGAUAUCAAAGGAAAGAUAAUGAUCUUGAUAAGAAAGUUAAUGUGGGAGGAUUGCCUAAGGGACAUCCUCCAAUGGCUUUAAGUUCAGUGAGGGGUGAUUCUGUGGAGCAAUCUGAUGAUACUGAAGAGUAUAAUAUUUCAGAGGAUUUAAGAAAAGCUUAUGGUUUAUCACCAUUGUUGUUGAAGCUAAGGCAAAAGGGUUGGGCACAUUCACCGUCUAAAUUAUUGAGAAGUAGUAGAAAGGAGGACUCUUCUUAUUCAUAUAGCACUCCAGCUUUGUCAACUAGUUCUUUUAAUAGGUAUAAUCAUCGCAACCCAAGCAAUGUUGGAGAUUGGGAUGCCACUACAACAUCUUUCAAUGAUGGGGAUGAUGAGGGGGAUGACAAUUUGGAUUUUCCAGGACGAAAGGGAUGUGGGAUUCCUUGCUAUUGGUCUAGGAGGACUCCGAAACAUAAGGGUUCGUUUGGUGGUUGUUAUUCUCCAUCUCUUUCAGAUACGCUACGGAGGAAAGGAAGUAGCAUGUUAUGUGGUAGUCAGUCAAUGUAUCAUAGACACCGACGUGCAUCAUCCGUUCCCAAUAAGUGGCGAAGCACUCCCAGAAAUGCUCCAGGUCUUGUCCCAUUGCUAGCUAAUAGUGCUGAUGGCAGAGGAGGCUCAUCCUUGGGUACUGGCUGUAGUGAUGAUGAGCUUUCUACCAAUUUUGGGGAGCUUGAUUUGGAAGCUUUAAGUAGAUUGGAUGGAAGGAGGUGGUCCUCUAGCUGUAGGAGUCAAGUUGGGUUAGAGAUUGUACCUUUAAAUGGGGAAGGGGAGGAGGAAGGUACACCAGAGAAUAUCCAGAGUUUAAGCCAUAAAUACAAGCCAACAUUCUUUGAUGAAUUGGUUGGGCAGAAUAUCGUGGUCCAAUCACUUACGAAUGCUAUUCUAAAGGGACGGAUUGCCCCUGUUUACCUUCUCCAGGGUCCCCGUGGGACUGGUAAGACCUCAGCAGCUAGGAUUUUUGCUGCUGCUCUGAAUUGUCAGUGUACUGAAGAAACUAAGCCAUGUGGGCAUUGCAGGGAUUGCUCUGAUAUAUUCUCUGGAAAGAGCAGGGAUCUGUGGGAAGUUGAUGGUACAGAUAAGAAGAAAAUUGACAAGGUUAGAUACUUUCUGAAAAAGAUUACUGGGGGCCUUCCAUCAGCCUCCUCACGAUAUAAGGUUUUUGUUAUUGAUGAGUGCCACUUGCUGCUCUCUAAGACAUGGCUGGCAUUUCUCAAAUUUCUUGAAGAAUCACCACAACGAAUUGUGUUCAUAUUCAUUACAACUGAUCCUGACAAUGUGCCUCGAACUGUACAAUCGCGUUGUCAGAAGUACCUGUUUAACAAAAUUAAAGAUGGUGAUAUUGUAUCCAGGUUGAAGAAAAUAUCCUCCCUGGAGAAUUUGGAUAUUGAGUCAGAUGCCUUGGAUUUGAUUGCGCUGAAUGCUGAUGGUUCACUUCGUGAUGCGGAGACUAUGUUAGACCAGUUGAGUUUGCUGGGAAGAAAGAUCACUACAUCUCUUGUAAAUGAACUUGUGGGGGUUGUUUCAGAUGAGAAAUUACUAGAACUUCUGGAGUUAGCUUUGUCGUCUAACACCUCAGAAACAGUGAAAAGAGCAAGGGAGUUGAUGGACUCGGGGAUUGAUCCAACUGUUUUGAUGUCUCAACUUGCUAGUCUCAUUAUGGAUAUCAUUGCUGGAACUUACAACAUCAUUGAUGCCAAGUACAAUGAUCCCUUUUUUGGAGGUCGAAGUUUGACUGAAGCAGAGCUGGAGAAACUAAAGCAUGCUUUAAAGCUUCUCUCAGAGGCUGAGAAACAGAUAAGGGUUUCCAGUGAACGUUCAACAUGGUUCACAGCAGCUCUUUUGCAGCUUGGAUCAGUGGCUUCUCCAGAUUUCACUCUGUCCAGCAGCAGUAGGAGACAGAGUUCUAGGACAACUGUGGAAGAUCAAUCAAGUGCUUCAAGAGAAGCUAGAUAUGUGCCUCGAAAGUCAACAUCGCCUGUUUCCUUACAUAUGACAGUAAAUGGGAAUUCCAGCCAUCAAGGGGAAUUAACAACACAACCUGAUGGUUUUGGUCCCUCACAUAACCAAUUAAUGGAUGGUCAUAUCUCUUCUGCCUCACAUGAUGCCAUAAUGAUAGGAAACAUGUAUUUCAGAAACUCAGACAAGUUGAAUGACAUAUGGGCAAAGUGUAUUGAGAGGUGCCACUCAAAAACACUUAGACAACUACUGCAUGCUCAUGGAAAGCUUUUAUCUAUCUCUGAAGUCGAAGGAGUUAUGGUUGCUUAUAUUGCUUUUGGGGAUGAAACUAUCAAAUCUAGAGUUGAAAGGUUUCUAAGCAGUAUCAGAAACUCCAUUGAAAUGGUCCUGAGAUGCAAUGUAGAAAUUAGAAUUAUCAUAUUGCCAGUGGCGGAGGGUUUGGCAAAUCAUUCACUAGUUGGGCAGAAAAGAACUGAAGCAACUAUUGUAGGGAGUCGUCAUGAUUUUGAAGCAGGACUGAAUGGAGGAGAACAAGGGUAUUGCAAUUCUUCACCACUGCUAAAUGGUUCCAUGAAAUCUACUUCUGGAUCACGAGAGUCACUUGCUGAAGCCAAUUCUGAGAUUAAUGGUACAAAACCGAAAAGGCAGGUUAUCCCAAUGCAGAGAAUAGAAUCCAUUAUCCGUGAGCAAAGGCUAGAAACUGCAUGGUUACAGGCCAUGGAUAAAGGCACCCCUGGAUCUUUGAGUCGUUUGAAGCCUGAAAAGAACCAGAUCCUUCCUCAGGACAGCACAUACAAUCAAACUCAACUAGAAUCUGCAACUUCAAUUGGAGUGCCUUCUCAGCACUGGGAAGAUGAAUUAAAUCAUGAGCUUAAAGUUCUGAAGAUGCAAGAUAAAAGGACACUUCAGAAAGAUCAGCCCAGCAGAAGGAUUGAUCAUUAUACCAUGUCACCAAGCUUACUGCAUCAUAGUGCCUUUGCUGGCAGCCUCAGCAGAGAGAACUUGGGCUAUGAAUCAGGAGCAGGUGGAGGAGGAUGCAGCGGGCUCUUCUGUUGGAAUACCAACAAAAGAACUCAUAUAAGAGGAAAGGUCAAAAGGACAACAAAUCCAUCACGUGGAAGUAGGCGAUUUUGCUUGUUUGGUGAGUGUGGGCAGCCAAAGAAUAGCGAAAGCAGGUCUCGACGAUAAAAUUGGAAAAGUUCAUUGGUUUGGAGAUUUUCAGGUUGAUGUUUGUUCCUUUCAUAUUCUUUUUCUUGUAUUUAUUUUUGACAAUUCAGCCAUUUCCCAAGGACAUAAAAGCAGGGAGAAAAAUAUUUUAUGUAAAUGUUUAGCGGUUUGGCAUUCAGCACUUAUUUCUUUAGCUCCACCCAAUUCUGAAGCAAUGAAAAAUAAGGGUGGGGCAGAGUUUAAGCUGAAUAUUUUCACAGUAAUUGCAUACGAAUGUAAUGAAAGCUUGUCUCCUCGUUCGUUUUUGUAUGUUCAUUUGUGUAAAGAAGAACAAUUGCAGACACAUGAAUCCUGUUUGGUUAUUCAAGUUCAGUCUGUUGAUAUC